GCCUUGAAGCGGAUCGGCUUUUAAUUUGCGGGUCAUUCUCAUUCUCAAGAACGAGAGAUACAAAGAAAAGUUGGUACUUAAUUAGGGUUUAAUAACUCGUUUUCAAUCAUAGCUCACAUAUAAAUUCGACCCCAAAUCUGAAAAAAACUUUAGUUCCCCUUCUGCAGCCAUGACUGAGUAUUGGGUCAGCCAGGGUAACAAAUGGUGUGAUUUCUGCAAAAUCUUCAUAUCCAGCAACCCUAUCAGCAUUAGAAAUCAUGAGCUCGGCCAACGUCACAAAGAUGCUGUUGCAAAAAAGAUUACCACCAUGAGACAAGAUAAAGCUGCUAAGGACAAAGAAGUGAAGGAAGCUGCUCGUUCCCUCGAACAGAUUGAAGCGAAAGCUCAACGGAGCUAUCAGAAAGACAUAUCAACUUUCAAAGAGGCCAGAAAUUCGAAUGCACAAGCAUUAGUCUCUCAAGAGGAUGGUCAAGGGGCCUUUAAGGGAUCCACGAUUUCUGCAGAUUGGGAGUUUGACAGCGCUACAGGCUAUUACUAUGAUCAACUGAAUGGUUGUCACUACGAUCCAAAUUCUGGCUUCUAUUACACUGAUGCUAUAGGCAAGUGGGUUACAACACAGGAAGAGGCACUUUCAGCACCUCGAAGUUCUUCUAGUUCUGUCAAUCAGAAAUCCAUGUUUAAAAAACCAUUAUUAUCUUCUGACAGUAAACCUGAUGUUAAAAAUAGAACCAGUUCCCCAGCAUCUGUGAACCCUGCCAGAUCUGCAAAAGGCGCCCCUUCAUCUCUCAUGGUUCACAAGAGGAAAAGGCAAGAUAAGCCAAAAGCUAUAUCUGCAGAGGAAGUUGCCGCGCUCAAGGCAAGAGAGGCUGCAAGAAAGAGAGUUGAAGAUAGAGAAAAGUCAUUACUUGGUCUGUAUAAGCACUGAAAUAUAUAACAUAACCGCCUUCAAUCAGUCUCAAUUUUAACACCCAAGCUUUGAGCAAUUUAUAUUUUCCAAUAUAUUUCAAGAAUGUCAUGCUUGUGUUGGAAAUUUCCUUCAUUAUCAUGAAAAGACAUUCAUUUGCUAAAAUGUUCCGGCUUGGGUCAUCGAGUACUUUCAUGUUGAGCAAUUGACGGUGAUGUAUCAUAUCGUUCAUUGUGGGAUUAUCUUUACUUGGA